AUGGGAGACAUCUCCGAAGAAGUUAAAGACAUCCGCAACAGCGUCGCUUAUAGCAUCAUAACUGACCUCGAGCGUGAAGGAAAGCUUCAUUCUCAAAGGUAAUUCCUACAUAGAGCUGAAGCCCUAAAAGAAAAAUUCAAACGGUUGCACGAAGUCGUUGUCCAAUCUUUCGAAAACGAAAAAAUCCUGCUAAACAAAGCCAGAGACCUCCGUCAAGACCUAACCAAGCAGCUUCACAAGCUGGAAUCCGUCUCCCAGCAGCAGUCUGAAACUUCUUUGUCCUUAGAAAGAAUUAAUAAAACCUUAGAAGACGUAACUUCUAUAUAGACUCAAGCUGAGCUUGACCAAGCUGAACAAAGAGUUCAAGUCUUAGAAUGGGAAAUUUCCCAAAUUGAGCAGGACCGAAACGAAGCCUUAAAUUACCUUUCCCAGCGUGAAGAAGAACAAGAAGCCAAACUUCGCCCUGAAAUAGGCCGCCUUCAAAAAUUGAUAGAAGAUAUGAGAAACGAUACCAAAGAGAGCGAGGACAGGAUUAUUAAAGAAGAAGCCAUCAAAAAAGAGCUUCAAGAAGCCAUCACGUCGCUCAGCAAAGAAACAGAAAAAUUGCAGGACGAGCUUGAAAUGGUAACUUUAUCAUUAAAUAAAGCAAAAACCGAGCCAUUGAGGUUUGCGAAAAAUGCUGAUAUUUUGGAUAAAGCUAUACAUGUGAUGGAAGGGGAUUUAAAUAAGGUCAAAGCAGACUCAGAAACAGCUGAUAAUGAACUGUCAAAGCUUCAUAAAGAAAAAGACGAGCUGACUAAUCUUUUAUUAGAAACCCAAGAAGAGCUGGGGAGGUGUAAAAGCAUAUAUGAUGAUUAUCAGAAAGAAAAAGACGAUAUCCACUAUAAGAAAAACCAAGCUGGAGAGGUCGAAAAAGAGCUGAGAAAUAAUAACCUUUUUUUUAUUAAAAAAUAAAAAUAUUUUUUUUUUAAAAAAAAAAUUAAAAAUUUAUUAUAAAUCAAUAUAUCGUAGAAUUAGAAGUAAAUUUAAAAGCAAAUGAAGAUGCUGUCAGAAGAGAAAGCGACAACAGCCAAGAACUUGGAAAACAGCUAUAUCACUUAAAAAAAGAAUACAAAAAAAUAGAAAAUCAUAAGCGGCAAAUGACAACUCAAUUAAGCGAUUUAAAUAAACAAAUGAGCGAAGCUGAAGAACGAGAAAACGCACUGGAGAUGGAUAAUAGGAGACAAAAAGAAAUUUUGGAAAAGCUGGAAGAGGAGCAUGAUAUUAUGAAGAAAAAUACAAUGGACAAAGAAGAGGACGAAAAAGAUAAAAUUGUGAAAUUAGAAGAAAUUAAAAAAGAGACAGAAAGCACAGAGAAAAAAGCACAAAAUAAGAGGACGAAAGAAGGAAAGCUAGUAAAAGAGAUGGAAUGGCUGAGUUUGAAGAGAGAAUAUAUGGCAAGGAAGGCAAGCCAAAAUAUUGCUCAGGCAAAAGAGACUUCUGAAGAGCUGAAAAUUAAGGAGCUGCUGAUGAUUGAUUUAAAGAAGAAAAAACAGGAAACUGAUUUUAAGCUGAAAAGCUAUAUAGCGAUGUAUGACGAAGUAAAAAAUGCAAGGAAUAAAUAUGCCUGUACUGAUAAAAAGGUUAACAGAAUAUUGAAUAAAAAGCCUUGAAAAUUAAAAAAUUACCUAUAAAAUAAAAUAAAUUAUUUAUAGAAAAAAGAAUAUGUCAAACUUAUACAAAAUUCUUCUCAAGAGCUAGCAGAAACUAAAGAAAGAAUAAAAAUCUUGCAAAAUGAAGUAGAAAUCCUCAGAAACGAAAGCUCAGAAAAAGACAGAAAACUGAAAGAAGAGCGGCAUAAUGUGCAGCAAAGUCUGCAUCAGAGGGACGGGCUAAGAGCAGAAAUAAAUAAGCUUGACUUUGCGGUAAAGCAAAAAGAAAGUUUAGUGACCCAAGAAGUAAAUGAAAUCAAUAAGCUUAACGUUAUUAUUACAUCCUUAGAAAAAGAAAUGAUUGAGCUGAAGCAUAAAUACGAAAAUGUUUGUGAAAGCAGAAAUUAUACUGGAAUUCAGCUUAUUGAUAGAAAUGAUGAGCUAUGCAUUUUAUAUGAAAAAGCAAAUAUACAAGGGCUAAAAAAAAUUUAAAACAUUUUUUUUUUUAAUAAAAUUUUGCUAUUUUUGUAAUUUUUUAUAGUAAGCCUAUACAAGAAAAGUAUUCAAAAAAGAGGAGAAAGCGAAAUUAGAUCCAAAGAAGACGAAAUCAGAAUGAUGAAUUUAGAGCUCGCAGAAGUUAAACGCCACAUCGAAGUCCUCAGAAAACAAAUCCCAGAGGUCCCAAAACUCGCUGCUGAAGUAAUUUCAUUAAAAUCCGAACUUGAAGCUGAAAAAGAAAAAGAAAAAUGCUUAGCUGCUGACCUUGAAGAUCCUUCAAAUGCCAAAAGAUUUAAUGAACUCCCAGGUGAAGACCCUGAUGAAGAAGCUUUAGAAGCCAAAAUCCAAGUCCUCGAAGAGCGUCUUAACAACAAGAAAGAACAGCUGCUUGAAAAAGAGCUGGUCCUUGAAGAAAUUACAAAUCUUGCUGACAAACUUCGUGCCCAAGCCCUCACAGGUCGUCAAGGGACCUUAGAACUUGCUGAAAAAGUCAACGAUUUCCAAUCCAGAAUCAAAAAAUUAACCAGAAAAAUGAUGGCAACUGUCAGCGAGCUUUCUAUGUUCCAAGCUACCGCUAUGAAACUCCAACAGGAAAAAGAACGCUUGGAAAAUGUAUUUGAAGACUCCCAAAAACGAGUCGAAAAUAGUCUGCCGCCUACUGAAGACUGUGAAAAAGAAUGGGAAAGAAUGGAAAGAAAUAACCUUUUGAGAGAAGAAGAAAGAAAAGCGAGAAAAGAAAGAGAAGAAGAAGAAAGAUCGGCAACUGGCGCCAUAACACAAAGCACAGCUGAGCCAAGGCUGAAUUCUUAUGUACCUGAUGAUGGCAUUGGGCUGCCGAAACCUUAUGGAGUCCAUACACCAUUUGUUCCUACACAGCUGGGUGCAAAUAUGAGGCAUUUCAGAAAACCUGUUGUGAAACCUAUUGAAAUUUAA